AUGGACAGCAGGAUGAACACACAAGAUUGCGCUUGGGCGGACAUAUUUGAUGAGCAAUCAAGAACAAAUUUGAAAGAAGGCUUUAUCGUAACAGGAGCAAUUUCAGCACUGUUGAGCGCUUGGCUGAAUGUGGCUUUGUUGUUUACAAAUCUACGUUUAGAUUUAAGCUACCGUAAUCUAACCUUUUUUACGGCCGUCGCCUGCGCUAGACGUGCUGCGUCAGUCUGCUACCACCUCCUCCCCUUUAAUCAACCAGGAAGUAAUGACCACGGUAUAGAAGUAACUUGUGACUUUUUCGGAUUCUGGGAUUCAUUUUUGGCUGUUUAUGAAGUUGAAUGUCUCACUCACGUAUGUAUAGAAAGAUAUGUGGUGGCUAAAUACAUUACCAGAGGAUGGCCUAUACAAAAAAAUCAUUAUAUUUUGUAUCAAGGUCUAUGUGUUUUAUUUGCUGCUUUGUAUUCUCUGCCGCCACUCCUUGGCAUCGGUAGAUAUGCAUUGGACUUUUCAUGCCAGUCCUGUGUCUUAGAUAUGGUGCUACCAGGAACAUGGGAAAGAUUUAUUGUUGUAGCCAUAUUUAUACUACGAAGCGUGAAGUCGACGGGUUUCAUGAUCACAAUGUUGGUUUGGGCGAGAACUCUUGAAUCAAAAUAUGAUAAUUCUGAAAGUUUAAUAAGAGAAUUCAAAUUUACAAACAGUGUAAUUAUUGUUACUAUGGCGAACUUGCUUUGUUGGUUACCGAUCUCACUUAUACGAGGUUGGGUAGUGCUUUCCUACAUGUUCGCUAAUGAUGUACAAGUAAAGCCAUGUUCCACUUCAAUACAAUGGGCUGUUUGGAUUCAUUGGAUUUCUCCUGCGAUAACUACUAUAGCAAUGUUUCUAAUCGACGAAAGAGCCCAUCAGAAGAUGAUUAAUAUUUGCAAAGGCGAUGGCAAAAUAGACGAAGAUAAGAAGAAUGAA